UGACACACCUGUACUGUAUUCUCAAGGAGGGAGGGGUUGAAAGAAAAGGAGCGUGAAUGAUGUUCACAUGAACCCAGUGUACACUUGUUCACCAGACGGCAGUGCAUACUCCGAAUCAUCUCCAGAGCACAACAUUGACAAGUAUCAUUUGGAGAGAGACAAUAAGAAAUGAUGUCUUUAUGGGGUAUUCUUAUCCUCUGCUUUCUAGCGCAGUGGGAUGCAGUAAUGUCAGAGGAUAUGAUGCCACCAGACAUACAGAACCGUAACCAGUCAACAGUGUGCUUCCCAAGACUGCCCCUGGACUUCAAGGAAAUGGCCAAAAAACUGAUGCUUGCAUGCUCCAAGAAAGGUUACAGAGUGCCUAUAAUAGAUUUUUCACAGAACAGCUCUUACACACUAAGAGAGAACUUGACCAUGGGAAACCCUUUCUUUGCUUUCGCUGAACUUCUCUCAUCACUAUCUCCACCCGUCUUGAAGCCCAAUGCCACAACAGAAGACAGGAAAAUUGCAGAGAAGAUGCGCAACUGCAGCAGCUUGGGCCAAAUGAUUGAGCUCAUGAGGAAUACUACGGACGUCAAUCUCUGUUUUAUGCGGGCAUUUCUGUCUCCUCUUGCCUGGACGGUCAUCACACAGAACGGAACAGACCUCGACCAAAACAAUCUUAUGAAGCUGUUAUGGGCAGCCAAACCCUUCUUAGAAACAAUGCCUCCAUCUAACUUUGUCCUGCCACCGAUUUCACAGAGCUCUCAACUGGGUGCAAUGAUGAAGAUGUUUGGUGACAUGUUUAACGGUCUUUCUGAUGACCAGAGGAAUGAGAUUAUUGGGUGGAUGAAGGAGAGGGUUGGAGAGAGUAAAUUUAACUGCAUCUCCAACCUCCCGCCUCAAAAACCACCGAAUGGCACAGGUCCCACCCCGCCAUGUCCUCCCAAAAUCCAGUGGCUUAAUUCUGAUGUGUUGCCAAUGAUGGGACCUUUCCUUUCCCGAAUGCCUUUAGAGGAAGUAAACAGCAUUCCUAAAGAAGCGCUGUGUGCUUUUUUUAGCAGUCCAAAUUUCUCUCUUUCGUUUCGUAAUGUUGGUGGAAUACAGCCCUCCCUGGGUCGAGCACUUUUACAACGACUGAAACAAGAGUGUUCAAGUGCCGACAGUUUUCCUCAACAAGUGGAGAGGUUGGGCUCUCUGGCCUGUUACUUUGAUGGUUUCCAGUCUUUGAAUGCGAAUCUCAGUAAAAAAUUACUCUCUCAGCUUGACACAUGUGACAACUCUGAUAUAGCCAAGGUAAAGUCACAGUUAGUACAGAAUAUUAUUCAGAACGCUCCUCCCUCUCGUGAGAUAUUACAGUCUCUAGGCUCCGCCGUGUCUGUUCUUACGCCAUCCAAACUGUCUGGUUUCACUCCUGAUGACCUCAAGAACACCCUUGCCAAUUUGAGUCAGGCCAAUUGGAAUCCAGCUCAAGCCAAAACUCUGGCUAAGAAGCUGCUGGAUGAGACAAAGAAUAUAAGCAGUGAGAAGCUGCUGUCUCUAGGUUCGGUUGUGAGAGGGGUCAGUAGUGACGUCCUCAGAAAUGCAAAAGCACAAGGUCUGCUGGGAAACGAAGCUCUGAAAAACAUUAGUGAGAAGAUGUCGUCCCUACAGAAAAGAGCUCUACUGGAGGCGUUUCGUCAUGAUGUGAACGCAUCUGAACUGGUAAAGGAGGUUCCAGAUUCCCUACUUCGCUCUUUGUCUCUCUCCACACUGGAUAAGGCCAACCUGACCUCUGUGGAUCAGCUGGAUGGUCACAGCUGGACUCGUGCUCAAUCUGCAUUCCUUGUAAAGAAGAUUUUGGGUAAUAAGCUCAACCUUACCGCAUUACGAAAGCUGGGUCAGGCUGUACAGGGUGUUUCUUGUGAAAUGAUUGAAAAAAUCAAUCGAACCGAUGCUUUGGAAAUGGUACAAGUGCUUGAUGAAUCUUUUGAUUGGCUGUCCAGGGUACAGAUACGUUGUGCUGCUCAAAAACUCUUCGCAAGUCUGGAAGAACAGAGACCAGGAUAUUUCAAUGAAAUUACUAAGUCUGAACUCCAGGCCAUUCCAGCCAUACUACUCAUCCAACUACCAGUGGAGAAGAUCCAAAACCUGUCUGAUUCAGUCUGUACUACGUUCCUGGAAAAGAUGAGACAAGCAAACUUGUCCUCUCUACCAAAUAAUGCACCGUCACGCUUGGCACUUACCAGAAGAGCCAUCAAAUGCCUAGGGCCGAAUGUACCUGAUCUCUCUGCAGCAGCCAUCCUGAGUCUGGGCCCACUGGUGUGUGAGUUAGAGCCUGCCUGGAUCUCCUCUUUGAAUCCCAAGGCUUUAAAUGAGACCCUGCAGGCUUUAGCCUCAUGUCAACAAAUCCCACAACAGAACAGAGAGCAACUGUUCGGACUGCUUACAAAGACCUAUGGGGACCCUUCCAACUGGUCAGAGGAUGACAUGAGAACAUUGGGACCUCUUCUGUUACUCAAUGACAAUGCUGUUAGAAGCCUGCCUUUCAAAAGCUGGUUAGUGUCAAGUCUAUCAGAUCUGAUGAACAGUUUGCCCAUCCAGCCCAUGGGUUCCCCGAAGGAAUUUAGAAAUUGGUUUGAUAUCUCUGCCCUUCGCCGCAAACUUUUCGAGCUCAAAACGGCCAGCCCGCCACAGAGUCGCAGAAAAAGAGGAGUGAUCUCCGCUUUAUCCGUGCCUACGCUUGCAGUCAUUGAGGACUUAGGACCGGGGAAUGUGUAUUGGACUGCUGUCCAGUUGUCUAAUAUGACUACACAGACCUUCAGAGAAGCUCUGCCAAUACUAGGAGGGAUAGCCAAUUACACUGCAGAACAGUUGUCUGUAUUUAGAGCAAAAGCUUUGGAGGUAUGGGGCAGUGUGUCCAUGUUGAAUGACUCCCAAAUAGGUGAGCUGGGCUGCAUCUCCCAGAGCUUCAGUUCUGAAGAGUUUUGCAACGUCAGCAUCUCCACCCUGGACACACUGGAGCUAUUAAACACCUGCAACUUUACUCAACCUCAGAGGGCUGGAGUCUGGCAGGCCUUUCAAAAGGGGACUGGAAAAAAUGUGACCGAUCUAGGGGAAAUCUCAUUGGUGGGACUCGGACAGUUUAUAUGUGGACUAAAACCUGCCCUGAUCGACCAGCUCAACUCCACCGCUUUCAGGGAGGCAGUGGAAGUGGUGGGUCGUGCUCCUUGUCCUCUGAACAUUAUAGAGCGUCUGAAGGAAAAGGCAGUGGCUGUAUUUGGAAAGCCAGAAACCUGGACCGAAGCUCAAGCUGGCAUAAUGGGCAACAUCAUUGCUGGUUUAAGCGCUGCUGAAUUCGGAAGCCUAAGUUCUACUGCCCUGCCAUUCAUUCAAUCAUUUGCCAUUCCGCUCAUAACCCCUGAUCGCUUGGCUAUGCUGUCAGCCAACCAGCUAAAGGCUCUGGGUCCUGAUAAUGCUGCUAUGAUAACAGAUGCUCAGCGGGGAGGACUGAGGCCCGAGCAAAAUACUGCACUGGAUGAGGCCAUAGGUGUGCCAGCCCAACGUGACAGUGGUAGCACUGUCCCUCCGGCCCCACAGCCGCAGACAGGAGGGGUACCAGCGAUGGACAGCAUGGCAGGAUAUAUGGUCCUGAUGCAAGUGAUCAUGCUGAUGUUGUGUGGAUUUUUUGGUUUAGGAGAUUAAGGGAUGAAUGCCAUAGGAUGACAUGUGUCAAUCUGAUGACAAUGACUGAUUCACACCUUGAUCAAUCCGUAAACAAUUAGAUUAGUACUUGAUCAUUUAAAAAAAAAUUGCUAUAUUUUAAAAUACUUAUUUCUUGUUAUUAUUUGUUGAUAAAAUAGUAGAUUAGAUAGAAGCUGAAGAUAGUAAUGUAAAACAGUAGUUAAAUAAAACUGGGGUGUGGUCUAUCCUUAAUUCUGUAUGUUUAUUUUCAGAAAGAACCUUUAUUUUGUUAUAUUGCUAUUUAAAGUUUUCAAAAAAAGAUUAUUAAAAUAAUAAAAGAUAUGUAACAAUAUGUAUAAUUCAUUAAAAUAUAAAGUGUAUUUUUUUUGUGGGUUACAAACUGAUAUCUAUUUUAAAUUUUUGUCAACUUUAGCAACUCUUUGCUGUUAUAAGUUUGUUUUAAGGGCUGUGUUCUUUGCUAACAAUUAAAAUGACAGAAACAUGAAUAUAAUAAAGGACUGUCUCUAAAUAGAAAGUGUGAGAUUUGAAUAUUCAAACCAGAAGAAGACAAAACUCAUAUGUUUUGUUCUGAUGGUCAUGCAGGUGAAUAGGCAAAAUGUUUCUUAAAAUAGAUCUGAAAUGUUACAUAGCCAUUAUAUAGUAAAGUAUAUAGUAUAUAAAUAUCUUCAGUUAAAAUUAAAACACACAAUCAUCAUC